UGUGAAGCUGAGGUCUUUUGACUGUUCCUGCUGGCUCCCCAGUGAGGGUGUGGCAUCUCUGCAGAUGAGUUGCUGUGCUCAGGCAGCUCUGUGUGUGUGUCUCUCUUCUGCCUACUUUUCUCUUUCCUCCCCACCUCCUCAUUGUGUGAGCCCACCCACUCCAUGUAUACCAGUUCCUUUCCCUUUCAUCUCAGCCAGGGAGCACUGAGGAUGUGCUAGAUGGAGCCCAGGGCUCUCUUGCCACGGACAGCAUCGUCUGUAACCAUAGGACGUGGAUGUCACCCAUUUCACAUUGUCUGUAACCAUAGGACGUGGAUGUCACCCAUUUCACAUCGUCUGUAACCAUAGGACGUGGAUGUCACCCAUUUCACAUCGUCUGUAACCAUAGGACGUGGAUGUCACCCAUUUCACAUCGUCUGUAACCAUAGGACGUGGAUGUCACCCAUUUCACAUCGUCUGUAACCAUAGGAUGUGGAUGUCACCCAUUUCACCAGGGCAGGUAGCGGAGCACAGUGAAGGACCUAUUCCAACAAUCUCUUGAAACAUGGUGGAUUACUAUGAAGUUCUAGGCGUGCAGAGACAUGCCUCACCCGAGGAUAUUAAAAAGGCAUACCGGAAACUGGCACUAAAGUGGCACCCAGAUAAAAAUCCUGAGAAUAAAGAAGAAGCAGAGAGAAAAUUCAAACAAGUAGCAGAGGCGUAUGAGGUGCUGUCAGACGCUAAGAAACGGGACAUCUAUGACAAAUACGGCAAAGAAGGAUUAAAUGGUGGAGGAGGAGGAGGAGGUGGACUUCAUUUUGACAGUCCAUUUGAAUUUGGCUUUACAUUCCGAAACCCAGAAGACGUCUUCAGGGAAUGUUUUGGUGGAAGGGACCCAUUUUCAUUUGACUUCUUUGAAGACCCUUUUGAGGAGUUCUUUGGGAAUCGAAGGGGUCCCCGAGGAAGCAGAAGCCGAGGGACGGGGGCGUUCUUCUCUGCGUUCAGUGGAUUUCCAUCUUUUGGAAGUGCAUUUCCUUCUUUUGAUACAGGAUUUACUUCCUUUGGGUCACUGGGUCACGGAGGCCUCACUUCAUUUUCUUCUGCAUCGUUUGCUGGUAGUGGGAUGGGCAACUUCAAAUCGGUAUCGACUUCAACUAAAAUAGUCAAUGGCAGAAAAAUCACUACAAAGAGAAUUGUCGAGAAUGGUGAAGAAAGAGUAGAGGUUGAAGAAGACGGCCAGUUAAAGUCCUUAACAAUAAAUGGUGUGGCUGAUGAGGACGCCCUUGCUGCUGAGCGCGUGCGGAGAGGCCAGAACGCCCUGCCAGCCCAGCCAACCAGCCUCCACCCGCCGAAGCCAACCCGGCCUGCCUCGAUGUUCAGACACGCGACCCAUGGUCUCUAUGAGGAGGAGGGCGAGCAGGACCAACCUCGGGUGUCUGGGCCCUGGGACUCCCUCGCGUCUGCAGCAGCCCCUUUCAGCCCUUCUUGGAUGAAGCAGUUGCCGGCUCUGAGGAGGACGGAAGGCACACUCUACAUCGAGAGCCUUGGAAGGCGCUUCCUGUGGGUGGGCACAGCCCCUCCGGCCAGCUGCCCGCCUGCCUGCUGCGCCAGCCUUUGCCAUGCUAGUCUGUGCUAUGUCACUGAGUGGCAAACAGAGCCAGUUGCAGGCUGCAUGCACCUAGAAAAAACUCCCUGUGUGUGGAGCGGGAUUCAAAGAAGGUGGCAAGAGGAAGAAGCAGAAGCAGAGAGAGGAGUCGAAGAAGAAGAAGUCGGCCAAAGGCAAUCACUAGACUGGACUUGCAGGCGCGCGCUGCCCCCAGAGCUGGCGCUCCACCAUGCUCGGCGCGCGGCCAUGUGCACGCGCUAGGUAGCAGCGUGGGGUCAGGACUGUCUGGCGGCUAUACUCGCUCAGCAGGAUUAUGCAAUCACCGAUCAGUCAGGGCAGGGGUCAGGAGGUGGGGCUGAUGGUGCGGGUGGCGGGCAUGGACACUGGGGACGGGGCGUGGCCGUGGCUCUCCAUCUGCCUCUCCCAGCACUCAAUCUGCCAGAGUUUUCCUCUAGAGCUUCCGGAUCCUCUUCAUUCUUUUCGGCCAUGCAACCACUCCGCAUGCUGCUGGGGUCUUUGUAGCAUUAGGGGAACAGCAGGGCAGACAGCCGAGGGCUUUCACUAAACCACGCGCUUUCCUGUGGCGGUGCUGUGUUUGGAAUUAGAGGGUAAUUCAGUAGAGUGUGACUUAGAGAAUGCCCUAAGGGACGCACUGAAUCCUGGCGGCCAGGGCACCUUUUCCUCAGGGCAACAUGGCCACAUGAACAGCAUCAUCAAUCACAGCACAUGUAAAAUCAUUCCUGUGCUUCAUCUUUUAGUUUCCAUCUGCUGGUAGUCCAAAUUCAACUUCAGAUAUUGUGUAGGUCUUGCUAGAUUCCACGUUUUUUUCCUGGGAUCCAUAAUUCUUUUUAGCAAAAGGUUUUGCUCAGCAGCCCCCUCCCUAGUGUUCCUGGGUCACGACUGUGCUGGGGAAAACGGCAGGUCAUGACACCUGCCCCAAACACCCAGAGAUGGCACCAGGAGGUUGAGCCAGUGUUCAGCUUGUGAGCAAAGUCACCGCACUCUGACUAGAUGCUGCCCUGCCCACUGCCAGCAGCCCUUUCAUUUGCAUCGUGUACUGCGGCUUCUCUUUUUAUCGUUACUGAGCAUGGAGCGGAAUUCGGGGUUGCCUUGCCUUCCCUUCUUCCCUGCACGCCCCCCCCCCGGCCCCCGCCGCCCACUGUCCUUCCCUUUCCCAUGAGGACCUGCUGUUCCUGUUGCUUUUCCUUUGUCCUCUGGGACGUGAGGGUGCUGUGAGAGGCUUGGGUGUGAUGUGAAGACGUCAGCAGUUUAAUCUAGCGAUGUUGAAGCUGGGAAUUCUUUGUCACUAUCUAUGGAGCACUGACCAGGCUUGGGAGCCGGAAACAGGCGCGAUCUGUGAUUUUAUUUAGCACACCUGUUGCCCAAGAGUUGGCUUCGUUUGUUUGGUUUUGGGGGGAGCGGAGUGGUAUCUGAUGCUUUCUGCGGACAAUGUAACUCUCAAUGCAUCAUGUAUCUUAAGUGCCACCUACGUAAAUAAAACAUGAGCAUAUUGAA